AUGAAAUAUACAUCUGUCCUGUGAAGUGUUUUACGGUUGAUGAAACCGACCACGACAGCUUUCUCUACUCAAAAUCAAUACACAUCCACGGGCUAUGUUUGUAUUCAAAAUAAGAAGAGAUUUGUAAUUUACCGGAUUGCGGACUGUCAAAGAGCUGAUCAUAGUAGUGUGUAAUUGUUGACAAGAACCUGUUGAUUCUAUUAAUGCAUGGAUAAAAACAAAAAAUAAUCAACAAUGGAACUCCCAGAAGCAAACGGUUCUAGACUUACAGUUAAAUCUCCAAAGUCACCAAGGCGACGUCGAAAGAGCAAAUCAUCGUCACCAACGACAGCAUCGGCAAAAGUUUUUAAUUUAGUGGAGGAGCAGUAUGAAGCACCAAGAAGCGAAUUCCAGAAUCCAAAAGUUCAUGAAGCGGACGGGAAUUUCUUUGAAAGUUUCACCGCUCUCGCUUGGAGACAGGAAAAUAAGCGAUUGAGAGCACAUUCAGAUGACGGCGAGGAAAAGCCACCACCAUCAGAAAAUCAGUUUGCCAUAAAACCUAAACUGCCACCAAUUAGCAGAAAAGAGUUUGAACUGUUAUACAUAGAGGUUUUGUACACAUUAAAGCACAAAAUUGGUACAACUACCGGCGGUCAUCUACCUUAUAUUCAAGAUCUCUACCAGUAUGCACAAGAGUCAUUCAGAAUUACUCCUGAAGAUCAUGCACGAUUAUUAGCUAAGGCCACCGAAGAAAAGCCACCCAUCGUGAUUCUAAACGUCACAGUAUUAAAAGCAAGAGAUCUGGAAGCCAAAGAUGCUGAUGGAUUCAGUGAUCCUUAUUGUAUGGGCGGUAUUGUUCCUGGAAGAAGGUUGAAUGAAAAUGAGUCGGAUCAGGGUGUCUUCUCAGAUGAAGAUGAACAACUGGAACGAAAGAAGAGUGGUAGAAAGUUCUCAUUGACAGGGAAGAAAAAGGACAAAUCCGCACGAAAUAUGGUUCCAGCUCGUCUAAUUAGGACAACACAUGUUGUACCAAAUACAGUCAAUCCUGAAUGGAAUGAAAAGUUUAGAUUUGACCUGGAAGACGUAAAUACAGACCGUUUGCAUUUAGAUAUAUGGGAUCAUGAUGACGAAGUUUCGGUAUUCGAUGCUGCCAAGACACUAAAUGAAGUCCAGAGUUUACGAGGUUUAGGAAGAUUUUUCAAGCAAGUUGCACAAUCAGCAAGAACAUCAAACUCAAAAGGGAGUGGAAGUGUUGAUGAUUUCCUUGGAUGUAUAGACCACCCUUUAAAAGACAUUCCGUCAACUGGAGUCGAAGAAUGGUACAAACUUGAGGGUCGAUCUUCAAAAUCUACAAUUCAAGGAGAUAUUAAAUUGAUGUUAAGUUUAGCCACCAGGGAAGAUCGCGGAUUAGACGAGGAUGAUAAUUGGACAGAUGUUAGACAACAUGAAGAUCUAAUCAGUGUCUUUAUUCAGCAUGAGAUAUCGAAAUCACAUGAACAACCAAUUAAAUGGAAUGGAGAAUUAUCAAAAGCUGCAGAAACUAUUCUUCACCAGCAUGCAAUACAAGGGGAUAUAACUGCUGUUCAACAGGCAGUUUGCCGUUGGAUGGCUUAUGCACGAAAACAUUUUGAACAUUCACUGAGUUAUAAUUUGCUUUUACAAUUGUUGACAAAUCUUGAUAAGUUAUGGUCACCAGAAUCGUUGUCUAGAGAAGAGGAGGAAGGUCUAGCACGGUGUUUUACAAAUUUUAUCAAUUAUUGUCUAAGUUUACUACGGAAACAAAGAGAAGUGUUUCCUUCUUCAAGUAAAACCGCCUUGAGUCGCCUUGAAUCAAUGCUACAGUGCCUGGGUCAAAUUCAUGUAAUGAAAAUAUAUAAACAUGUCUGUCCAUUCAACAACGAACUGCCGCUGAUUGUUAAACCUAUUGUGAAGAAAGGAACCAUAGAGUGGUAUGAGAGGGUUCUUCAUUUAACGAAGAAGAAAGUUAAGGCACAAAACUCAGAAGAUGAUAUGAUACAUUCUCUGAUAGAAAUGACAAAUACUUUGAACAUAGAUUUAGCAGCAGCAAAUACUUGUUACAAUCCUUUAUAUGAACGAAUUCUAAAUGUGACAUACUUUGACAUUACUUUUCGGCAACUUGAAAAAGUUCUCGCUAAUGAUAUGCAUGACAUUCUGCAUCAGGAGUUGGACGUAGAAUUCCACAAAACAGUUCAGCAGACGAUCAGAAAGCCUGACAGCACUAUCAGGACAGAAAUUCAAGAAUCAAAAGGCAAUAUUGGAACAGGACUGUUCGAGCUUUACCUAGCAUUACAGGAGUUUUCAAGCUUCAGAGAUAAACUAAUAAUGGGGGAGAGAAAACAGAAACUACAUAUUGUUCAGUAUUAUCAGUGGUUCAGAUUUGCAGUACAGAAAUGGUUAGAUAUCGCGAAAACCAAAGCCAAGCAAAGGAUUCAAAGAGCUGUUCAGUUAGACAAGGUUGUAGAUGUAAAGUCUGGUGUUAAGUAUAGUACAUCAUCAGUUGAUGUAGUCUGCUGUUUUUCUCAGAUAACAGAGUUUUGGAAACAGUUGAAAUGGCCAGAUUUAGUCGAUGCAUUUCCUUUAGUUCAGCAAAUCAUCAAAGAUAUCUGUGAUGGAGCUGUGUUGUACGCUGACCUCAUUCAUCAAAAACUGAUAGCAGAAGGUUACUACGACGAUGAAGGUCAAUUUGAUAUUUCAGAGCCAUUGUGUAUCACAAUCAACAACGUAGAACAUGUGAGAAAAGCAUUGAAACCUUUACCUGACACGCUCCAGUUUGAUAGACUGCAAUCAGAAUUAGACAAAAGCAACGUUAGAAUACAGACUAAUUUGUAUACAAUGAUCAAGGAAUCGGAUAGUAAUAUGUCUAAAAAGAUAAAAACUGUGGUUGACAGAGUUGCUGAUAAGAUGAGACCAGAUAUAAAGAAAGAUGUAUUUCACUUAAACUGGGCUCCAGAAACAGUUCCAGCAGAGGAUGCGGUUGGUGACCUCAUGACAUAUUUAGACAAUAAUCUGUUGACACUUAAUAGCAAUCUUCUUAAAAGUAAUUUUGAUAGAAUAUUGCAAUCCAUAUGGGAGGAGUUAUUAGAAGAAUUCAAGGAGGUUAUAGAAACAGAAGAGCCGAGACAAACAUUAUUUUACAAGAGAAUGUAUGAAGCUUUAGGCUUACUGGUUGACUUUUUUAAUGCAAACGAAAAAGGAUUGACAAUGGCAGAACUUCAAAGUAAAGAAUUCAAGGAUCUUAAAAAUAGACUAUCCUUAUACAAAAUGGAUACAUUUGCUUUGAUGGAAAAGUUUUAUGAAGAAAAACUUGAACAACAAAAAAAUACGACUUCGAAGGAAUAUGGUGAAAUCAACGUUAGGGUCUGGUGUAAACACGAUACUCAUUCUAUAUUUGUAGAAGUUAUUGAUGCAAAGAAUCUUAUUCCAUUGGAUGCUAAUGGAUUUAGUGAUCCCUAUGUUGUUCUACAAUUCUGCCCAGAUCAUGUGUUUCCACAUGUACCUACUGAACAGACCAGAAUAGUAAAGAAAACUUUGAAUCCAGUAUUUGAAGAAACUUUUGAAUUUUCUAUAACACCUGAGCAGUGUAAGAGAAGAGGAGCUGUUCUAGUUUUAACUGUUAUGGAUCAUGAUUACGUGUUUCAAAAUGACUUUGCGGGCGAAGUUUAUAUUCAACUUUGUGACAUACCAGGAAUAAAUGGCGAAGAUGUUUCCGGAUAUGAGUCAAUCAGUUUUAUGACUAAACCACUGAUUCACCCAAAACCAAAAGGUAUAUGCGCCUUAGAUGUUUUAUCUAAACGUCUAUGGGAUGAGGAUGCUGUAGCGUUUGUAAAAAGGAGAACAAAGCUCGAAUCACAGUCUCAAUCCGGAUGAAAUGAAGGAUUAUUUUUAUUUUGUGAUGACCACAUAUUCAAACAAAAGUGUGGCAAUGAGAAGAGAAAGUAACAGUAAAAUUUAAUAUUUGACAAAAAUGGGUUUCUGUCAAGAUGGAAGAUAUAUUUAUACACAAAAUGUUAUACAAGUUGUAUUUUUGAAACAUAUUUUAUGUUAGCACACAUUUCCGUAUUUAUAUUUUUAUGCAACAAUAAGUAUAAUGUAUUUGUUAAUCCUGGACUUUAUUUGAUGUAAUGUGUGCUCUCCAAAGUUUUUGUGUAAUUAGAUGUUAUGUUGUGAUUAUGUAUAUGUAUAAUUAAUCUGUACAUAUAGUUUUCGAUUACAAUCUAUAGAUUAAUCAUAAGAUCACAAUAUUUUGAAAAUACUGUCACAAUAUACCUUGUCGAUACUAUUCACACCAGACGUUAUACUUGACAAAUGUAUGUGUAAACAUCAUUAUGUCGAUAAAUGUUUGUAUGCCAUUUUUUUAAUUGAUAAAUGAUAUUUUACUUUUUAAGUAUGUAAGCGAUUCGUAAUAAAACACAAUUCAUCAUUAAAA